AUGUGCCUCUACAUGUGUGUUUCUUGGUUAGAGCAGUACGGCUUUAUGGCAGCUUCUGUUUCGGAAUUCAUGUCGCUACUUGGCAUUUCUGUAGUUCAGCUGUUAGAGAGUCAGGCGCUGCCGCCUCCUUCUUCUGCCGCUCCUGGAGCUGCCUGUGUGCGCGUUCGGUGCGGACCUGGUGCCUCUUUUGUGAAGCGGUGGCUGAGGAGAUUUCCGGGAUUCGCCGUGGCCGACGAAAACCCCAAGGAAGGCGUCAAGACCGAGAACAACGAUCAUAUUAAUUUGAAGGUGGCGGGUCAGGAUGGUUCUGUGGUGCAGUUUAAGAUUAAGAGGCAUAGGCCACUUAGUAAACUAAUGAAAGCCUAUUGUGAACGACAGAUCAGAUUCCGAUUUGAUGGGCAGCCAAUCAACGAAACAGACACACCUGCACAGUUGGAAACGGAGGACGAAGAUACAAUUGCUGUGUUCCAGCAGCAGAAGGGGGUGUCUGCUAGCGGAGCCCGCUCUCUCCUCCAGAACUCAGCUCCUCCAGACCAAGAAGACGUUCGCAAUUCGAAAACCGCAAUUUGGUUCCACCACAUCCUGACUACUACAGUAUAGUUUUCUCUAUUCUUUCAUUCUCCCCUUCCCCAUUCCUUUA